AUGUCAAGCAUUCUAUCCGACCGUCAACGAGAUGAGCUACACAAGGCGAUGCUCGAUUAUCUCAACGCCAGUGGAUUUACCGAAUCCUUCAAUGCUCUAAAGAUCGAGAGUCAAAACGAUGAUUUUACACCUGAUCCCAAGACAAAAUAUGCUGGUUUACUCGAGAAGAAAUGGAGUUCCGUGAUCCGUUUGCAGAAAAAGGUCAUGGAUCUCGAGAGUAAAAACACCCAUUUGCAAGAAGAGUUGAACAACGCUCCCGUUCGCAAGCAAAGCAGUUCAGUUGACUGGAUCCCUCGCCCUCCUGAAAAGCAUGACCUGACAGGUCAUCGUAGUCCUGUCACGCGCGUUGCAUUUCAUCCUGUUUACCAAAUCCUUGCCUCUGCUUCCGAAGAUACCACCAUCAAGAUUUGGGAUUAUGAAACGGGCGACUUUGAAUGCACCCUUAAAGGACAUACAAAAGCUGUACAAGAUCUUGCCUUUGAUCCCAAGGGCAACUACCUUGUCUCGUGUUCGGCUGACUUGACUAUCAAGGUGUGGGAUGUGAACAACGAUUACAAGUGUAUCAAAACGCUCUAUGGUCACGAUCACAGCGUCUCCUCUGUUACCUUCCUUCCUUCCGGUGAUAAGAUCGUUUCGGCUUCCAGAGACAAGACCAUCAAAGUCUGGGAAUUUGCAUCUGGCUAUUGUACUAAGACAUUCACUGGACAUCUCGAAUGGGUUCGCUCGGUCGUUUCAAGCGAAGAUGGUCGGUUAUUGGUCACUGCAUCCAAUGAUCAGACGGCUCGAUUGUGGGAUACCCAAACUGGUGAAUCCAAGGUUGAAUUCCGAGGACAUGAACACGUUGUCGAAUGUGCCAUAUUUGCACCCAGCAACGCAUAUCCUUACAUCCAAGAGAUGGUGGGCGAUGAGUCCAAGUCAAAAGAUGCUGGUGCCCCUGGUCGUUACGUGAUUACAGGCUCAAGAGAUAAGACAAUCAAGGUGUGGGAUAGCAGUGGGCAACUUUUGCAUACGCUUGGUGGUCAUGACAACUGGGUGCGAGGAUUGGUGGUUCAUCCUAGUGGCAAAUACUUGCUUAGUGCAUCGGAUGAUAAGACACUCAAGAUUUGGGAUUUGAAAACGGGUCGCUGCAUGAAGACAUUGGAAGCACACGAUCAUUUCGUUACUUGCAUAGCUUAUUGUAUGAUCAGCCCUGUGGUGGCGACUGGAAGCGUGGAUCAAACUGUCAAGGUCUGGCAGUGUCGAUAA